AUGGACACGAGCUCUGGCAGGUACGACGUCUGUGCACUGCUAGACAAUCGGACUGGCGUGUUGUGGGAGAUUGGUGGCCAGAGGUCAACGCAUCUCGAGUCCAACAUUCGAUUAGCCAUCCGCUCCGGCUCACAGGCAGAGACUAGUGAGGCCGACUUCCAAAGGGCCAUUUUUGCGUCUCUACCACAGCGGCACGGCAGCAUCAUCCAGCCAGAGCGUGUUAGCCAUACUGCAGAUGCGAGCAGCACGGUAAUACAGUUACCACAGGUGAUGGACGAUUGGAAAGCCGACUCAGACACCGGGACCACAGAAUCUGAUGGUUCCGAUAUGAGAAUUCUGCCUGACAGAUUGUUGACCGAAAGCCCGGAGCCACAACUCGGUCCUGCCGCAACUGAACAUCUCCUACCCAUACAGGUGCGACCAGCAGCCACUUAUCACGAUCUCGGUACUCCAGACGAUCCACCUCGUAGCGUCGCAGUUUGUCCCCAGCGAAAAUGUGCGGCAUUCGGAUGUCGGGCUGGGAUCGAGCUGCACUGGACGGACGCACUGACCGGAAGAGGCCUGAACAGGUGGUUCCCAUUGGCAGCAGCCAGUGAUCACUUGUACUUUUUGCCACAGAGUACUCAAAAUGAUUCCCUCAGAAGGCUCCGGCUCAUCUCCAGUGCCAAAGCCCCUCCAGCAACACUAGUGCCCAGAAGUCUCAGUCUGCCUCCUAAGCUGUUCCGACGAAAGGGGACACACGAUCGUGGACGACGACAAUCUUUGACCCGUUUGUUCUUUGGAAACCUACCCUUUCCCGCGUCCGCUGUGCUGCCCCAAAAUUGGCAGUCAGAGGCACCCAAUGAUGACGAUCACGAAGAGGACGAGCGACGAGGUGUCCUCCGAGCAGUGGACUGCGACCACUACCAAGCCGUCCCAAUCAGUGACGGAGAUCACGUCCUAUACACCGACCCCGAGAUCGGUCCACUUUGUCUUGGUAGUGAUGCUCCUGUCGGAGCACCCACGAAGCUCAACCGAAAGGUUGUCUUCCUCUCACCUCAUUCCAGCGACGAAGUUUUGCAGUACACUCGAAAUCCUUCGUACACCGCUGCCGCUGAGACGCGUUGGGGCUUGCGCGUCGUCGCAGCAUACCAGGCUGGCAGUGUCGUUCUUUGGAGCGUUCCCAGUGACGUCUACCUUCGAUUGAAACAGCUUCGUAGUUCAACGGACGUCUGGGACGAAACAUCGGGCGUCCUUGCACAGAGCGAUCUCGCCAUGGACAAUGUUUUGGCAACUCAUCCCAAUUCGAUGACCGAAGAUGAGAUGGGCAACGAGGCGGCGUUGCAAGGCCCAGCGGAUGAGUGUUUGGAGGUGCCUUUGCUGUGGAGGGGGUGGAGGUUGCUCGCUUUGUGGGAGAUAUUGUGGAUGACGUGGCUAUCAAUGCGGAUAAUGGGAGUGUUAGAGUGUGGGUGUUCCGUCGGAGUGGGAUAG